AUGAACAACCCGGGAAAGCAGUCCGAUGGCUACCCACCGCCCCCUUCGGUUGGGAUCCCCGCCGCUGGUGUCAACCAGUACUACAAACCGCCGGAGCAUCUGCCGCGGCCGCUGCAGGUUGAGCCUCAAGCGACGCUUACCCCAUGGUCAACGGGGCUCUGCCAAUGCUGCGACGACGUCGGCAACUGUAAGCCCCUUGUCUAUCAUCCUCUUUCCACCAAGAAACAGAAAGAAUAAAAGACCACGAUCUGAUAAGAGAUAUCCCUAAUGGUACCCUUUUUCAGGUUGCAUCACUUGCUGGUGCCCCUGCGUGACCUUCGGCAAGAUCGCUGAGAUCGUCGACCGGGGAUCAUCUUGUGAGUUCCAUCUCCUCUAAAUAAAAAUCGAAGAAUCUUCAGUUUGAUCUAAAGCUCCCUUUUGGAAUCUUCAGCCUGUGGGACGAGUGGAGCUCUGUACGGUCUCAUCUUGUGCGUAACGGGGUGUAGCUGCAUGUUCUCGUGCUUCUACCGGACCAGACUCAGGAGUCAGUACUCCCUGCCGGAGGGAUCAUGUCCCGACUGCCUCGUCCACUGCUGCUGCGAGUCAUGCGCCUUGUGCCAGGAAUACAGAGAGCUGAAGAACCGCGGCUUUGACAUGGACAUUGGUAAGUUUUCUGGCAAGAUCACGGGCCUAUCUCUUUGCGUCCUAAUGAAUACUUUUAUCACAAGGAUCUGGUAAGAGAUAUUUUCUUAACGGUGCGGGAAGUGCCUCCCCUAACUUGUGGAUAAGUUCAUUAAAGCAAUGCCGUGAGAUCGACGGCAUUUUGGCCACGUGCCGUAAUCACCCUUGCCCAUUCCCAAAGGGCAGCCAGAUCUAUGCUUUUAUCUCUCAUUUAUGUAAUCAUAUGUUUUAGGCAUGUAUAUUUGCCUGUGCUUCUCUUUUUACCUACAGAUAUAAGUUUGUCUUUGCCUAUCUGUGCUCAUAUCUACGUCUAUCUAUGAUUCAUCCUUAAUCUACUUACACAUAAUAGUACCUCUGGGCUUGCCACUAUUGACGAAUUAAUAAACUGUCGACAAUACGCAAUUCUCUCUCUCUCUCUCUCUCUCUUUUUCUCCACACCUUUCUCGACUCUUCCUUUCUUCCCCAGUUUCCAGUACAAUCCCAUGCGAGGUCGGCUGCCCAUCCUCGUACCCCUAGCCCUCAAAAUUCGCAGGGUAUUUCUCCUUUCCUCUCCGUCGCGUCCUUCACCACUGUGGCACCCGCUUUGAGAGCAGGUGGACUUGGCGUAUGCUUUUUCAUCCUGACGAGUGUUCCAUAAGAAUCAACCACGGAGCCUUGAGCUUCGACCUUUCCUUCAGGUCAUAGAUGGUUGCAAGCCGGCAGUCGCGACCCUAAUCUCGCUUAUUCACCCGCUCGUCUAUUUCUCAUCAAAGUGUAUAUACACAUAUCUUCCUAUCUGCCUCGUCAUUGUCUGUUUCUUUCACACAUUGCGCGCUGAUUUAGAAGCUACCUGUCGGAUUGAUAUGCAGGAUGGGUGGGGAACAUGGAGAGGCAACCUCGCGGAGUUAACGUACCGCCGCCGGUCGUGGGCGGCAUGGUCCGCUAA